UAAUGGCUCUGGAUCUGACUCUCCCUCUACUCGCAUUACUAAAACCGAAAGAUGCUGUUUCGUCCAUUGUCUCCCUCGGGCCACCGCCACUCUGUGAAGUAAUCGUGUUACGGCCACUGAGAACUUGGCGGCAAUGGAAUUGAUAUCUUCCGGUAGUAAGUCACCUCCGAAGAAGAGAAGUUCGAAACCUCGUGCGAAAAUUGAGUCCCUCGAUCGCGACAUCCUAUGUACGAUCUUCUCGUCUCUUGGACUCUUCGACCUCGUUCGAUGCUCUCUUGUUUGCAAAUCUUGGAAUGCGACCAUUAGUAGAUCUAAGUUACUGCAAAAACUGUAUUACAAGCUGCAGAAUGAUUCGCGUGUUAUUUCAAAUACGUCGAGUUCAUCGAUGAGGAUGUAUCUAGAGGAGCUUGCUAUGAACCAUCAUAGGUUGUCUUUGGUCGAAGGACGUAUUGAUAUCAAUCAAUGGAACGGUCAUUCAGCACUGGUUGAUCAGUGCCGAAUGAAGAGGGGCUUGAUCCUUACUGGUGUAGGUGAUCAGGUUAUGCGUCUCUGGUCAUUAGAAAGCUACAAAUGCGUGGAAGAGUAUUCCAUACCAAGUAGAGUCUCGCUGGUCGACUUUGAUUUUGAUGAGAGCAAGAUUGUUGGGUUAAUUGGCACUCGUAUAUGCAUAUGGAGGCGUAAUGGUGCAAUGAGUGUGUUUCCCCCACGUGAAGGAACUUUCUUGAAGGGUUUAUGUAUGCGUUACUUUGAUCCAGAGGCUGUUGUUGGAUGCGAAGAUGGAACUGCCCGUGUGUUUGACAUGUAUAGUAGGCAAUGCUCUCGAAUCAUUAGGAUGCAUGCUGCACCUGUAACAUGCUUGUCUUUGAGUGAGGAUCAGUUAAUUAUUAGUGGAUCCUCCAGUGGCAGUGUCACUAUAUCUGGCCACUCAUCUGACCAGAGAGUAGCUAAACUAGGAUCAAAUAAUUCCACAGGUAUUAAGACCUUGUGUUACAAUCCACGGUCUUAUCAAGUGUUUGCUGGAACUACUGCUGGAUAUGCACUUUGUUGGGAGCUUAGGACAAUGAAACCUUUAUGGGAGACUCGAGUGAGUCCAAAUGUUAUUUACUCUUUGCAACACCUACAGCAUGAUGCAUCAACAAUAGUAGUUGGUGGAAUAGAUGGUGUGCUACGUGUGCUGGAUCAGAAUACCGGGGAGGUUCUCUCAAGCUGUGUCACAGACAUAAGCACAGUAUCAAGUUCCUCAGAAAACAAGUCUCCAGCAAUUGAAAGAAAGAGAGGAGUAAGGCUCUCCAAAGAUACCCUUAUUGACAGAAUUCCCAGAAGCACUCGACCUCCCAUCACAUGUUUGGCUGUUGGGAUGAAAAAAGUUGUCACCACACACCAUAACAAGUACAUCAGACUUUGGAAGUUCGACUAGUUAGAGGAAAAUGCUUGACAUCUGCCUGAGUCAGACUUCUAAUCUUGAUACACCUUUAAAUGUAUUAGUAUAAAUUGUCACCAAAUGCAGUCUUUUACCAGAACCCGUUUUACAUCCUUUUUCUUCUGUUGACUACACAAUUUUAUGCUGAUAGGUCUUCCUUUUAGGUUUAUAAUAAACGAAAACUUUGUAGCCGUUUAAGUAUGCGGGAAUGUCUGAUAUUUGCUGGUUUUUCUAAUUUAAUAAAACUAUAUGUGCAUACUUUUGGAUA